CCAACCAACCAUUUCCUGUGCAGUUCCACCGCCUCAACCUGCAUCCAUUGUCUACAAUGGGAGUACCUUCAUCCAGUUUCUACUAUUUUUGUUCAUGAACUGAGCCUGACGGCAGGCACAACCCUAUGCUGCACAUCACACAUCACUUUGCUGCUGUGGGCCUCCGACCAUUUCGUAUGUGCUCUCUACGGUUAUUCGUUGAAUUAUCUUUAGCCUGUUUUAACAACGUCUCCUGAAAGAGCAUUCCAGUGUUUUGUGUGUUGGGGCACACGAUUCCUAGCUACACCCCUGAUCUGACAGAGAUGGAGAAGGAGAGAGGAGAGACGAAGGAGGAGAGGGAGGAGGAGGACGAUCGCGUAAACUCCGCCUCUGUUCAGGGAUCCUUUCGCAUUCCUUAUUCGCAGCCUCUCAUGUAGAGGAUAGAAAUUGAGAAAAGGGGAGACACGGGGAGAGAGACAGAAAAAAAACAACAAGGAAAGAGACGAAGAGGACAGAAGAAGAAGAAGAAGGGGAGCAGAGAACGAUCAUGGCCAUAUCCAAGCGGUCUCAGGCGGAGACAGUGUCCGAGCAGAGCGCACCUCUAUCCCCGGCGACCACGGCACGGAGCAGGCAGUCUAUGCACAAUAGACAGAGUCCAGACGAAUGAGGGUCUACACCUGGGCCAAGGACAAAAUGAGGGUCAUUUUUAUCCAAAACGCCGGUUUCGUAGCAGCUUUUUCGCCUCGUAGAUGUGAGUCGGUGACGUUAGCAGCGUUUAGGGUGACAAAUACUGCAGAGGAGCCAGAAUUAAAUACAAACAAAUCAUGCCAGUCAGCGGAGUGAGAUCACGCCCGUUUAUAUAGUCAUUAAUAUUUUUGUCUUAUUAUUGGAAUAGAUAGUGCAGUAAUAUAAUUUUUUUUUAAACCGAAAGCGUGCUCAGUUUCCGGCAUGCAGCCUGCUGCCGUAAUCUGAAUACAUAUUUUUUUCCUACAAUGUUGGCACAAUAGAGUUAGUUUGUAUCCGAUAAUACUAGACUAUGUAUCUCCUUAUAAUAGACCGAUGAUAUACUGUUAGGCUUCCUGUGCUUAAUCCGUUAGUACAUUGAUUAUAUUAACAUGAAUAGGUAGGAGGAGAAUCUCUGUUCGCCUUUGAUCAAAGCCUAUUGAUCAGCCAAGACAAUCUGGAAAUGUUACGUUUCCACAUGUUAUAAUAUGACUAGCAGGCAACGCGUUAUUUCUCGUAAUUUAUUUAUUUAUUAUUAGGCCUAUAAGUAUUAUAUCAUCAAUUGUUUUAGUUAGUAGGUAGUUUAUAAGAUAUUUAACAGCGGGACAGUUUGUUUAAAGAAACGAUCCCUUUUUUGUGUGAUGGAAACCCUUUAUUUAUCGCCCAACCGGGGGCCAAACCGGUCCGAAGCCCAGAGGGGGCAAACCUCGGCGGGUGUAGACCUCUCCCGUCCUGCUCCGGUUCUAACACCACCGCUACCUGCCGACAUCUCCGCCGAGGAGUUGCCGGCCAGCAGCGACGGACGACGCAACUCUGGCGUGAAGAAGCACCACCACAAGCACAACCUGAAACACCGCUACGAGCUGCUGGAGACGCUGGGACGAGGCACCUACGGCAAGGUCAAGAAGGCCAUCGAGAGGAACUCCGGCAGAGUGGUGGCUAUUAAGUCCAUUCGGAAGGAGAAGAUCAAGGAUGAACAAGAUAUGGUUCAUAUCCGCCGGGAGAUUGAGAUCAUGUCGUCCCUUCGCCACCCACAUAUCAUCUCUAUAUAUGAAGUGUUUGAAAACAAGGACAAGAUUGUGAUCGUGAUGGAGUACGCCAGCAAGGGUGAGCUGUACGACUACAUCAGCGAGCGCAGGCGCCUGAGCGAAAGAGAGACACGACACUUCUUCAGACAGAUAGUCUCUGCCGUGCACCACUGCCACAAGAAUGGAGUGGUGCACAGGGAUCUAAAACUGGAAAAUGUGCUACUGGAUGAAAACUGUAAUAUCAAGAUUGCUGAUUUCGGGCUGUCGAACCUCUACCAUAAGGACAAGCUGCUGCAAACCUUCUGUGGUAGUCCACUCUACGCUUCACCAGAGAUUGUCAAUGGGAGACCAUACCGUGGCCCAGAGGUGGACAGCUGGGCUCUUGGGGUGUUGUUGUACACCCUGGUCUAUGGGACAAUGCCGUUUGAUGGGGGAGACCAUAAGAACCUCAUUCGUCAGAUCAGCAAUGGCGAGUACAAAGAGCCAACUCAGUCUUCAGAUGCCCGUGGACUGAUUCGCUGGAUGCUGAUGGUAAACCCUGAGCGCAGGGCCACAGUGGAGGAUAUCGCCAAUCACUGGUGGGUGAACUGGGGCUGGAAGAACAGUGUGUGCGACUGUGAGAGCCAACACGACCUCGGAGGCUCACCCAUGCUGGCCCGUUUCAUCGACUGGCAGAACCGCACUGAGCCACGUAGUUCUGGAGCCAAAGCUGGAGCCGUACCUCAACUUCUGCGGCAGAGGCCCAAGAAGGCAAAGAAAGAAAAUAUGGAGGGAGGACAGAUGCAUUGUGGAGCAGAGGAUAAACCGGGUCUGAAGAGACCGAAGGGGAUCCUGAAGACCAGGGUUACUGAGGAGCAGCAUGGCUCCUGUCUGGAGGGAGUGCAGGUGGGCCAAACGGUGCUGCCUCAACAAGCUGAUGGGGCUGAAGAGACCUCCAGUCCAGAUCGUGAGGAAGAGGAGCCAACUAUGGGUGGAGGUUCGCCAGCUAAGAUAGUGCCAACUCUGCCCAAGAAAGGCAUAUUAAAGAACAAUCAACAGCGGGAAUCAGGGUAUUACUCCUCCCCAGAAAGGAGUGAGUCCUCCGAGCUUUUAGGGGGGACCAGUAUGUCUCUGCUAGCCACCUCCCCGCCCAAGAGAAUGAUGGGCAGAAAGGGCAUUCUAAAGCGAAACGGCAAGUACUCUACCUACAGUGGGCCUCCGUCAGCCGAGGCAGUGGCUGCAGUCCUGAGCGAGCCUCCUCCAUCAACUGACUCAGGUCUGUCCCGCAGUCAGAGCCGGCCUUCCAGUAUAGUAGGGGAGGACAGCUCCGUUCUGUCCCUGUCGCCCAGCUCUCUUGGUGGGGCUGAGUGGCAUCCCUCUACCCCGCACCUCCGCACAAACAUCAGGGCCUGUGUCUCGGCUGAAAACCUGCUGCAGCUCCACAACUUCACGGGCUUCAAGGCAGCUCCUCAACUACAGGGACCCAAAUUUACCCGUGGCCCCAAAAUGAAAGGCUCCCCGGGGGACAAUGGCAGCUUCUCCUUGCUCGGGGACCUUGAGGACAUGACGCAGGUGUACCAGCAAGCUCUAGACAUCAGCAACAACCUCACCUAGCAUAGAAAGUGGCAGAGAAAGAAAGAAGUAAAGUAAAAUAUACCCCUACUGUGUGUGUGGGUGGGUGUGUGGGUGUGUUUGUGUGCACAGAUAUAUGUGGGUGGCAUCAACGACCAGUGUGUUACUGGGAUAGGCCAAAUGUAGAAGCCCUGGCUCCAAGUGAGACUUAACUGUUGAAGGAUACAUGUCUAUCCACACAUACACACACACACACACACACACACACAAACCCAAAUAGGUGCACUUCUCUGACCACAGGAAAUUGAGUUGGGGUUUUUGUGAACAGUAGAGAGAGAAGAAGCUGGCAGGAGAGAAACGCCACCCGAUCUGCUCUCUGGGCCCGCCCAUAGACUUUGCCACGUUUGACAUGUUUACAUAUUCAGCAAGAAGGCAGGUUAGAAUCACAAACCAAGCAAACCAGAAACUGGUAGGCUCUCCCUGAACACCACCCAGAUUGAGUUUACAGAAGCACCUUAAAACUCACACCGAGCACAUGCUUUUGUGAUCUUUACUUGCUUUGAAAAAAAAAAAAAAAACACACACACAAACCAGGGUCUCGAUUCCAAAAAAAUUGACUGACUUUUCUGAUUAUUUAUUAUUAUUUUUUUGUAGCUUUUUAUUUUUAUGUUUUCUGUAAGUUCAGAACUGGUGGGUACUGGCUGUUACUGGAAGAGUCCAAAGCUCCUUGUCUCCAACUCUUUGAGUGGAACUGACAUAUAUAAUUAUGUUAACGUAUAUAUACUCCAUAUAACUAUGUCUGUGCAUGUAAGACACACAGACAAUUAUACAUUAUAAAAAAAGCAUAAGUCCUAUAUAUGUGUAUGAUAUGAGGAAUGAGGAAUAUGUAGGAAGUGCCUUUUUUGAUCCAUAAUAAAAAUUAUGUAUGUCAUUCCCUUAAAGUGGAGGAAAAGGCCAGACCUUUCACCAGUUUUGCUUUAUUUUUUUCUUAUGUUUGUGAAUGUGGAGACACCCAGGGCCUUCACUGCACAGCUGACCAACGUAGAUCUUUUACCAAGUUAGAUCUCACACACAGAUUCAUCAGUAAUCGUCAGGUAGAAAACACAGCCUCCUGUGUCUCUGAGUCCGCAGUUUGAUUUGUCAGCCAUUUUGGUGGCUGAGUUGGACACAGACUGGGUCUGCGGGUCCUCACCGAGUGGGACAUUUAGUGAAGGAGAUGUGGCAGACACCAGCUCACAGCCCUGGAAUGCACCUGGCUGUUUUAACCUUGUCCUUGAAAUUUUACGAGUCCACCUCAUUGAUAAACCAGGCUCCGUAGCAGGGACGUAAAGACUUUUUACCAAAGACAGGUAUGGUUUUAGCAAUGGUAAUGAUUUGCUAAGACCUCUUUUUAAAGAGCCUAGUAGGGUGGUUUGUUUUAGUCAGCGUCCUGAUGACACAGUAAAUUCCUCAGACCAGGACUGGAGACGUGUUUGUGCUGGAUUUGGCUACUGCUUCAGCACAGGUGGGAUCUCUGGUCCGUGCUGGGCCUCCAGCUGCGUAUACUAGUCCAUUAUUCCAGCACAGCACAAUUAGCCAGCAGUUGUUUUCAUUGGUGAGUAGCAAGUGAGUAGAAGUAGUGUAUAGCGCUGUAGAGAUUGAGGGAGAGGAAAAGUAGGAUGAGAAGAAUGUAGAAGACUGAGGCAUGUGGCAGUUUUGAGAAAACAGGUGACUUCCCUGUGAUAGGAAAUAGUUAGAAGAGAGAUUUGUUUCUGGAAGGAAUUGUAAAGUAGAUUAGUGAGAGUGAAGCAAGUGAGUGAAAAGACUAGGACUGAAAGUUUUUAUUUUAUUCCAAAGAAGUGAAACGUUGGCUCAUACAAGGGUACUAAGGAUUUUAAAGACUAAUGAAAACCAUUUUUAAGGCUUCGACAUGAGAACCUUCUAUGAUAAAUGAAUCAUCCCCGCGUUCACUUUGAAGAGCUGAAAAGGCUUGAUCUCAAAGGCCAGUCUGUGACUUCUGUGGUUUUUAACAGUGUUAAAAAGUGUGUCACACUUUUCAGCAAGAAUAUAAAGUUGGGAAAAUGAUAAAUGACACCCAUAAUAUCAUCUGAAGUGGAUUUAAAAAAAAAGCAGACAGCAGAUGACUCCAGGGAGUGAGAUCACAUGUUGAAUGUUUUCAGUGGUCCGCUCGUGCAAAUGCAAAGGUCCUGGGUAGUGAUUGAAAAGGAAGAUCCGCUGCCCAUUGUAUUGCAUUUCAUUGCCUUUUUGUAUUGCAUUUUAAUGUCAACUGGAUUUACAGUGAAAAAAAUUAUACUAUGUUAGUAUUUUGUUUUAUUAUGCCUCUGUUUUUGAUUUUCCAAAAUAUAAGAAACAUAUAUUGCUUUAUGUUAUGGCAGAAAUAACUUCCUUCCUUGAAGUGUUGAAAUUUCUCUUGAAAAUCAACAGGGUCGGUUUGUUUUGCUGCUUCUGUGGAUAACAGAAGUUCAUGAGCAGCCAAAAUGGCCAAAAUGCCAAAAACUCAACUUUGUCAGGUUUUACUACAAAAAAAAAAUCUGAAACACAAACUAACACUGAGGAGCUGAGGAAACACAUUACAGUGAUUUCAGACUCUACCAAAGCAUUUAAAGAACCAGCAAGAAGAUUUAAAUGCUGAUAUAAAGCAAUUAAAAAAACUAUACUGAUGAUGAACUCUCGCUCUGCCAUACUGGAGAUGACUGGUGCAAAUCUGUUAGUUUGCAGAAAGGCUAAUUAUAGGAAAACUUGACUGGAUAUUGUUAUGACGAUAAAAUAAAUUAGUAUUAAUAUGUUAUUUAAGUAUUAUUAUUUUGUUAUGUUGCAUUACUUUUUGGCUUUGCCACAGUCUUUUUUUAGUUUGUCUAUUGAUGAUCCUGGACUGCCGAGGUCAAUCAAGUCAUGUGCCUUUGGUAUCUUUUAUUACUUUUUUUUUUUGAUAAUGAACCUAUUAUCAUAUGUUUUUUUUUUACUUGUAUUUAUUGGUGAUCAAGCCAUUUAAUUUGUUUUCAAAGACUCCAUGUUCAUGGCUUCUUUUGGACACUGUCCAGAGCAUACUGCACACAAACACAUAACAUACGCUCCAUUAGAACAGAGUGGUUUCAUCUCAUAGAGAAUGCAGUGGUCAAAUGUGGGGGCAAAAUGUUUUUGGUUUGUUUUUUGGGGUGGGAGGGGUGAGAGAGAAAAUGAUUGGACUUCUUCAAAUCUUGUAAAAUGUCUUAAUUCAUCCAUUUGGGUGCAUUUCUACUAAACACAAUGCAUUUGUAGUACUGUAUCAACUCAAAUAAAUGAAUCUUGAAAGUAA